AUGGCUGCUCUGGCUCCAAUUACCACUCCUGCUCGUCAGCCAUUUGGGAUCGUGAAUGAAUCAAAGCUGAGAAGCUUACAGAGCUUGAAAAAUCGACAGAAUGCCAUCACACCAAACUCUGCCCCGACGUCAUUGAAACGACGAGCCGUCUCUCCCGAUUUCGAAGGAGGUUCAGAUGGCGAGAACGUUGAUCCAAAUAUCCUGGACUCCUUACACAAACGUAAAAGAUCGACUUUCGACAGGGACGUAUCACUUGCAAAGACACAGCGGUACUCCUUGAACGUGACUGCCCUCCCGUCCUCCAAAUCUCGUUCUAGUGCCACUGUUGCCUCGACCCCACGACUUGAUACAUUUGUUAAGCCCUCUACUACACCCGCCUCGGCACCUCCAGCAGGCCGUUCGCCAACACGUGAACGCUCUGGUCUUCUUCGGUCACGGAAACGUUUCAAUGCACCUCCAUUCUCCAGCUCCACCCAAUCUCCAUCUCUGUCCCUGUCCGCCGCAUUGAAUGGCACGAAGAAAUCGCGUCUACAAUCCCGCAAGCUCAAAAGUGCGACAAUCGAAACUAGCAAGCCAAAAUCAUGGUUCUUCGACAUAUAUGAAGAGACUGAGGAGAUCCAAGACUACCGCAUGAACGAAUGGACCAUGACACAAAGCACGACGGGACUGGAUCUCAGUGAUGACGAAAGCAAGAGUCUACACAAGAAGUCGUCGUCUGCCGAUAGAGGCAAGGAGAACAUUGAUCCCAACGAAGUAACCGCCCCCGUAACUAGGUCCAUGACUGCUGCUGCCAACGCCACAGCGACUGCCGGAAAGGCCAAGGGGAAAGAAGUCAAGAUGGCCGACAACGGUGAAAUAAGAAGCCCGCUGGCGGAUCUUAACCCCGUGGAAUUCUAUGCCGAAGGUCUCGAUGCCACCAGUGUGGUUCUCGUGCAAGACGAGGACGAUGAGGCAGAAACUGACGUGGAAGGCGAAGAGACUAAGCAGCGUCAUGACUUUACCUUCCAACCUUCUACCACCAGCGGUUCACUGUCGUCGACCGCGAAGGUCAUUGAAGAUCUCUGCACGCCGAGCUUCGCUCAGAUAUCGAGCUCUGCCACGCCCAGUUUACUUGCCGAUGCACUAGUUGUCAAGGCUGGAACCACUGGCUGUCUUUUUACUGACGCCCACUCUGCACGUGCCGAUGCUGAUGGUGACGUUGAAAUUGAAAUCUGGGAAAGUGAGAGUGCCAAGGACGAGAGCGAGAAGGCUGAUCUUCAGCUCGAGAAUGCUGUCGACGUGGGAAGUCCGUGCUCAUCGGUUGGUGACCAGAAUGUGUUUGCCCUGCAGGAGCUGUGA